UGAGGUUGAGAAAAGGACAUAGAGGUACUGCAAUGCCAUUCCUGCUUUCUUGGGGCCAGGUUCCUUGUUCUUCAGGAUUGGAAAGGCAUUAGCAGAAUCUGUUGUCACUGGGAAUGCCAGGCCCAGUCAGCACCCAGAGCCGCCCCUUGGUCCCUCAGCCGAGCCAAGCUGGGCCUGUAACUUGGAUGAGGCCUCCAAGGAAGACCCAGGUCUUGCUGGGAGAGUGGGGGUGCUGGGCUCAUCUUCGGAAAUCCCUCCGUGUCCUUCCAUGCCCCUACUGUCAGCAGCCACGGUUGGGACUGAAGGGGUGCCUGGCUGUCUCUCAGGAUGAGACAUCACUUUAACACAGAAAUGCUUCUCUGCUCAGCCCCUAUUGGUCCCUCAGGGACAUGCAGAGACAUGUGCCUUUAAAAAUCUGCCUUGAGUAUCUCUUGAUGCAUUUCACCAGGAGAUCAUUGUUAUGCUGGGAACUGUAAUUGGGGUAACCUUGUCUUUUUCAGCCAAAUACCAUAUUACAAAGAUGGGGAAGUUUUGUCGUUUAUAUCUGCCUGGCUAGUGUUAGAUCCUACGAUUCCCUCUUUCUUUCAUUAGGUGCAGAUCUAUUGGUCCAUUUUGGUCGAGGGGCCAACGUUGUAGUUGUAUUGUGAAUGUGUGGGCUUGAAAUGCGGCUCCCUUUGGUGGUAUCCCCUGUCAGAGUCCUUCUGUGUCCAUGGGGAGACUUGGUAGGAACAAGGUGACCAAAUAUAUUGGCUACCCUGUGCUGGGUAAUGUUAUCUGCGUACGGAAGAAGAUGGAAUUAAUUGGGUGUUUGAGUCACUUCUAGAAACAUUUCUGGAAUCCUACUAUGUGUUAGUGAUAUUAAAAAAUGAUAAUAAUGCUGAUUAAAAAAGAAUAAAAAUGGCAACUAACAUUUAUUGAGUGCUUACGGGGGUGUCAAGGACCAUAUUAAGCACUUCACAUACGUGAAGUCCUAUAGUGCCAAAGGCAGUGUGGUUAAGAUCCUCAUUUUACAGAGCGAGGAAACUGAGUCACAGAGAGGGUGUACAGAUAGGAAUCAGGCUUUGGACUUGUGGGUAAUUUUCCCUAGUGAUUCACUUGUUCUUGGUUGCUUUUCUAUAGAUCAUUUUCCUCUGCAUGCAGCAAUACCAUAUAUUGGCGCUUUUUUCCCCCCUGCUUUGUGGUCUCCUUGCCUUAUACUUAUUUUUUUAGUUAGACUUUUAAAAGUGUAAGGAAGUGAGGUGCCUGGGUGGCUCAGUCGGUUAAGCUCCUGACUUUGGCUUAGGUCAUGAUCUCAUGGUUCGUGAGUUUGAGCCCCACAUUGGACUCUGCUAUCAGCACAGAGCCUGCUUCGGAUCCUCUGUCUCCCUCUCUCUGCCCCUCCCUCACCAGCGCGCUCUUUCAAAAAUAAACAUUAAAAAAACAAGUUUCUUAAAAAAAAAAAGUAUAAGGAAAUGCAUUAUCUUAAUUGAUCCUUAUUAUGGCCCCACGAAGCAGCUGACAUCUCCAUUUGAGAACCAGGGAAACCGAGGUACAGAGUAGUAAAGAGUUUUGCCUAAAUUCAUGCAACUGGUUAAUGAAAAAGGUAGGGUGCACUCCUGUUACUGGACUCUUAUUUAGUUUUGCGAGCAACAGCGAGCAACAGUUUUGCGAGCAAUUGUAUCUGCAUUAGACCUACUCUCCCAGAGGGCAGAGUCAGGGUCUGUACAUCCAUUAUUCAUUCUUCCCUUCAUUCUACAAAUGUUGGCCAAGUAAUUAUUAUUUUCACAGUCCUGUGCUUAGGCAUUGUGGGGGCUAAAAAAAUGUAAGGGCAUUGCCUCUGACUUCUAGGGACUGGUAGCUUCACAGAUAGAAUAAGUUUCAGCCACCCUGUACGCGCACCCACACCCACACAAACACACACUUUCUCUCUCUCUCCAAAACAAGUCAGUAAAUGCUAAAGAACAGAUACAUGCAAUAGACAACAAGCACUGUAGACAUUGAGAGGAGGCUGGGAUUCAUUUCAGCUGGGGUGACCCGGAAGCUUCCCAGAGUAAUUGGCAUUUGAGUGGGGGGUUCGAAGCCUGGCCAAUGUUAGGUAAGUAGAGGCUGUGCUUUGUACAGCAUUAAUACUGCCCCUCAUGGUGUUGGGAGGUUAUCAUAGGAGAUGCUUUUGGAUGACGCUGAUGAAGGCACGUGGCCGUGAUUGACAGCGGCUGGAUUGUGAGAGGGAAAUCCUGCUUUUUCAGCCUCCCCUGACAGGGUCUUUAGACUCUCUCCAAAGAUGAUUCUGUGAUUCUGUCUUCAGAUAACUUGGUGCACGAGGUUAAGGGCAACGGUGGAGGGGACGGCACGUGCAAACACAUGGGGCCGUGCCAAAGCAGAGUUGGGAGCACAGACAAUUUGGAAGCCGUGUAAUGUUUUUAAAGAAGCAUUCACCAGUCCUGAGCUUCUACAGAGUUUCUAUUUAUUUAUUUAUUUAUUUAUGUAUGUAUGUAUGUAUGUAUGUAUGUGUGUGUGAAAUAUGUAAAGAUAUUCCUAAACCCUGUAGGGUCCCAACACCAAGAAGCUCUCCAGUGUGGUGGAGUGCCCCAUGUACAGAUUGUUUUGGCCCCCAGAGGACUUGGCAGACUGCAGUGACAUCUGUCUUCAUUCACUGUCCUUGUGUUCCCGGUCCUCACAUCUGUUGGGGUUGGUGGGUGCGGUCUUCACAGAGCCUGGAGGCUCUGCCAGACCUUCAGGAAAGCCCAUGUGCUGCAAGAAUGUGGUUCUGGGAAAAUAGAGGAACGAGAGUACAGGUCUCGACACGUUGCAGGGGAAGCAUUUCUGUGGCCAGGCCGUGGUCCGCACAUAGAGAAGUUUUGAGCUCCUGUUUGUGUUUGAGCAGGUGAGUGAGCUUUCACUCCGUUUCUUGAGGAAUGUGAGCGCUGUGUGAGGGACCCUGCUCACUUAGGGCCUCCCCAGGUAGCGGGGACCGAACUUCAUUUUCGAUUUCCUCCGUGUUUCAUGGAGAUUUGUGAUCAUCCGUAUUUCAUUAGAUACCAAAGAUCAGCCGUCCAGUAUGCUUUUUUUCCUUCGGACCUGCAAACAAGUGGAACACUGUUCCUUCUUUAGCCCUGCUGUAGACCCGUGAAAGGAGAAACGGGUGACGGUGCCUGGGAGGAUUUAAGUUAGACAUAAAGAAAAAGUUUGGAAUUUCUUUCUCUGGGGAGGGUCCAGACCAGGUUAUACUUUUCUCAUUCGAGGUUCUUUCUGUGAGACAUUUUCUCUCUCGAGGAGGAAGGCCUGCGUGUGACCUCCUUCAGAGCCAGGCUUCCCAAGGCAUUCAGAUGCUUACCGGGAGGUGAGCUGCAGUGAAGGUUGGGGUCGCUCAGUAGCUUGAGAUUCUGGAGAGCCGACUGGACUCUGAAGAAUCCAAACCUUGUAACCACCUCCUCGCCUGCUGUGUGGCCUUGGUAGGUGAUUUCUGUUUGCCUUGGGUGGUAGUUGUUUUGAAAGCACGGUUAAAUGACAGUGCUGGGCGGAUUAGUCUGUCUUUCAGCUUCCUUUUCACUCAUGGUUUAGAAAAAGGCCACAGUUCUUACAGAGCAGUCGCUCGUAAUGUGGACUCUGGUGUGCUUCCCUAGCCAGCAGGAAAUACUAAAAAAAAAAAACCCUUCAUUUGAAAAUAUUAAAUGCUCAUUUACAAACAUCCCCCAGCAGGCACACCCUCUAGCUUACAGUGCAAGAUUUACUUUAUUAUUUGGUGGGAUGGGAAUCGGGGAUUUCCCCAUGGUCUAUCACAUCCAGGGCACGGAGUGCCGGUCACCUAAGCAUUUAAAUCCCAUGAGUGAUCAGGACAGCUGUGAUCUGACUCUACAGAUUUUUUUUUUUUUUUUUCAAAGGGUGGGCCGUUCCCACCUCUUACCCAGGUUUUUACGUUGGGAACUGCACCUGGCUUGAAAUGAAUGGCAGGCCACAUGAUUUAUUGUUCUUCUUGCCACCAUUAGCAUUAGUCUAAGGAGAAAGAAAUGUACUGUAUUAGAGUGGGAGAUGUUUGACAGGGAUGGUGUCAAAGCAAAUCAGAUUGGAGGGACAGCAGUCCCCCCUUAUCCGUGGUUUUGCUUCGUGAGGUGUUAGCUACCGUGGCCAGCUGUGGUCUGGAAGCAGGUGACCCUCCUGACGUGUCCUCAGAGGGUCAAUAGGAGCCCAACACAGUGCCAUGACACCCCCCUGUCCCCCUCACAUCUUCCUCUUACGUAGGCAUUUUGUCAUCUCACAUCAUCACAACAAGGGUGAGUAUAGAAGAAUAAGGCAUUUUGUGUGUGUGUGGAUGAGAGAGACCGCAUUCACAGAACUUUUUAUUACAGUAUAUUAUAAUCGUUCUAUUAUUAUUUGUUGUUAAUCUCUUACUGUGCCUAAUUUGUAAAUUAAACUUAAUCACAGGUGUGUACCUGUGGGAAAAAGGGUCGUCUGUAUAGGGUUCGGUCCGCCUGUGGUUUCAGGGGUCCGCUGGGGGUCUUUGAGUGGAUCCCCCCCCUGCGGAUAGGGGGCACGUGGGCUUCUUUGUUCUGGUUAGAGACCCUUUCUCCUGGCCAUUCGGAGACUUUUUGUCAUUGAAUUUAAUUUUUGGAGGAGAUGGUUUGGGGCUUCUCGUGAUAGAACGCUUCUGAUCCCUUGUCCAGAAGGCCGGACGUUUGUUUCCUAAAUGAGCUAAGGUGAAAGACUGGGUAAAGUAGAUACUGCUAGAUGUCGUUAUGUGUCCUUACCCUUAACGCCGUUCUUUGGUUCCUAUUUGCACAAAGAUGUUGAGUUAAACUGGGUAGGCUAGGUUCUGCUCUGACAGCAACCACUGUCCUCCCCCGCCCCCUCCAAACUCAGUAGCUUGACUCAUCAUAAGCUAACUCUUGAGCACUGCAAGCCCCUCUGAGGCUCUGGAAAAGACCCCAGGGAGGCUGUCCUCUGUGAGGCAUACGGUGGCUCGGUGAUCUAGGCCGUAGAGUCUCCUGGCGCCCCCUCCGCAGUCACUGCAGAGGUCAGGGGGCAGGAGAGCCUGGCUCUUCGGUGCUUCUCCUCGGAAGCGAGCACGCUGCCCUUGCCCUUCAGCAUGGUCCAUGGUCAUCACGUGGCCUGACCACAGGAAGGCCGGGAAACAGUAGGCUUCUGAAGGGCAGGAGGGGAGGAGAACCAGGAGUCUUGCUGGGCACCAGUCAUGGCCACAUAGCUGCUUUUAUGGAAGUGCAGCCAUGGGCCCACCCCCGCUCCUGAAAACCCGCUGAUGGCUUUCUUAUUGCCUGUAGGAUAAAGGCCUUGAUUUGAAAUGUCAUGGAAGGACUUGUGUAACCUUAGACCAGGGGGUCAGCACCCAACAGCCAGGGGUCAAGUUCAACUUGCUGCCUGUUUUCAUGCAGCUAAGUAUGUUUUGGGGGUUUGUUUGUUUGUUUGUUUGUUGUUACAUUUUUUAAAUGGUUGAAAAAAAUCAAGAGAAGAGUGGUAUUUCAUGACAUGUGAAAAUUAUAUGAAAUUAAGAUAUUAAUGUCCAUAAAUAAAGUUUUAUUUGUACCCAGCCACACUCGUCGUUGUAUGGCAUUGUCUGUGGCUGCUUUCGUGGUACAGUGUCAGAACUGAGCAGUUACGACAGACACCUAUGGCCCACAAAGCUAGACUAUUUAUUGUCUAGCCCUUUACACAAAGUUUGCUGCCCCCUAGUUUAGACGGAUAAAGAUGCCUCUCAAAUGCAGCAAAGUGAUAUGUUUUCACUGGAUACUUUAGUAGAGCUAGCGGUCUUAUUCGAAAUGCUGUAACAGUGUUCAAAAAACCAUAACGGUGACCGUGAUAAGGAUAUUAAUAGUAAGGAUAUUAAUAGUAAGGAUAAGGAUAAUAGUAAGGAUAAGGAUAUUAAUAGUAAUAGCUAAUACUUCUACCGUAACUUACUAUAUCACGCAUAUCUUAAAUGUUUUCUAUAUAUUAGCCCAGAGCUGUUUUUUUGAUCUAUAUGUUAUUAUGGUGUAGAUUUUACAAAUCAUUAAACCGAAGCACAGAGAGGUUAGGUCAUCAGCUCAAGAUCACAUAGCCCCUAAAGUGUUCAAGCUGGCAGUCUGACUUAAGAUCGUGCUCUUAACCACCACAGUUAUAAAGUAGCUGGAACACGGGCUUUGCCCGUGAGGAGAGAGAAGACUGAUACUCUUGAAAAGUUAGAAGAAUUUGGCAAGGUAAUCUAUGAAGGUGUUUAAUGAAGACGAAUUACAACUAGAAAGGUAUGCAAGAACGGAGAGGGAGAGAGCAGUAAUGAGCAAAGUAAAUGGAGAAGGGCUAAAGAGGAGGUAGAAUGAGUGCCUGAUAUGUAUGUAUGUAUGUAUUUAUUUUUAUUAUUUUUUAGAGAGACCGUGAGUCAGGGAGAGGGGUAGAGGGAGAGACAGAGUGGAUCCCAAGCAGGCUUCAUGCUCAAUGCGGAGGCUGACGCAGGGCUCGAUCCCACAACCCUGGGAUCAUGACCCUAGCCGAAAUCAAGAGUCAGUCCGAUGCUCAACCGACUGAGCCACCCAGCCCUCCUGAGGGUUGAGCCUUGAACGACGAGGACGCCCGAAAUUUCAAGAGAAAGAACUAGACAGGGAAGAAGCAAGAACUAGACCACAGAAACCACAGUGAGGGCCUGGUGGCAGGAAGCAAGAGCUGCGUGUCCUGAUCAGAAUGCAGGGGUGUGUGGGGACACGGGGGUAGAUACUCACAUGGUAAGACAGGUUCCACCUACAGAUAGGAUCGUCUCACAGGUGAGGCAGAGACAUGCGGGCUUGCUGUACUCAGCCGGGAGAAGCCCUCGGGUUCAGGAUGACCACAGAGGGUGGAGAUGUAUUUCCAAACUUGGUGGGCAAGAUGUUCUGGGGCCUGGAGCGUAAGUGGGUGGUUUGAGAGCAGGCAAGAAGAAUAGUGUUGCAAAUUAAAAACAAUGCUUCUGUGAGCUUUUCUUUAUUUGUCUCUUUCCUUUUUUAAUUUAUUUUAUUUUAGAGAGAGCGCAUGAGUGGGGGAGAGAGGAGAGGGAGAGAGAGAGAAUCUUAAGCAGACUCCACCCUCAGCGAGGAGCUGGACGCAGGGCUUGAUCCCACAACCCUGGGAUCAUGACCUCAGCUGAAGUUUAGUCCAAAGCUCAACUGACUGAGCCGCCCCGGUGCACCUCUUUCUUCCUUCCUUCCUCUCUCUUUCUUUGUCUCUCUCUCUUUCUCUCUCUCUCUCUUCUCCCCCUCCCUCCCUUUCCAUCUUCCCUUCCUUUCUCCCUUCCUCCCCUUCUCUCUCCCUCUCUCUCUCUAUCCCCCCCCUUCUCUCUUUUUUAUCUCGUGUAACCCUCACACAACUCGACAGGGAAGGUGGUAUUUAUCCCUUUUUUACAGGUAAGGAAACUGUGUCUCAAAAGAGGUUUAAGUGACAGGGCCAGGACCCCAUGGUUAUUGGCAGAACUGGGAUAAAACUGAAACUGUCUGUCUGUAAAGCCUGUGUUCUUAACCUCUACACUUAAGUACUUGACUUAGUGGGAAAAGUGUUUAUUGGUAGAAAUUUGGAGCUUUAUUUAUUUAUUUUUAAAUGUCUAUUUAUUUUGAGAGAGCGCAUGGGGGAGGGCCAGAGAGAGCAAGGAGAGAGAAUCUCAAGCCAGUUCCUUACUGUUCGUGCAGAGCCUGAAGUGGGGUUCGAUCUGGCGAUCCAUGAGAUCAUGAGCUGAGCUGAAAUCAAGAGUCAGACACUUAGCUGACUGAGCCACCCAGGUGCCCCCAAAGUUUAGAGCUUUAAACUUAACAAUUUAGGAAGGGUUUGGUGCGGAGGUGUGGUGGUCUUUCUGGGGAGUGGUGUCAUUUGUAUCAGGCGAUCAUAUAGUAGAACAGUUUUGCAAAGUGUUCACUUUUGUGCUGAACCAUGACCCUUGUCAUUGCUGAUCUGGUGGCUUUACUUUGGGGCUGGGUCAGGGUUUAUUUAAAAAAAAAAAAUUGUCUUUUGUUUUUUGUUUUUAAUUUGUAGAACGUAUCAUGCAUCCAAAAGAAAGUAUAUAAUGUAUAGCUGUUCAACUUAAAGGAGAAAAAUUAAACAUUGUUCGUCAUCCAGUUAAGCAUUAUAACAAUGCCUAAAUAUUUGAAAGCCAUUCAGUUUGUUUGUUUGUUGUGUAAGAUUUGUGAAAAUAUUCAAAGGCUGGGAGGAUAAGCCCCAGAAAAUGCAGGUCUUGGGGACUGAGCACUGACUAUGUACCUGCGCACCUGCACCUGGGCCGAGUACUCUUGCCCCGCCCCCCCUCCCCUAGCGGGUAUGUUACGGGUAUGUUACACUUCUCAGGCAGUGCCUCUUUGUUCUGACGGACUCUGGACUCGAAUGGCUGCCCCUAGCACAGGGCUCCCUCCCUUUAGCUCUGUGGGGGACCGUAAGGGACAGGCGUAGGUGGUUCUGUUCCUUUCUGGUUGGGUGAUUCUGGGCAAGUUACCUACUCUGUCAAGCCUUGAUUUUUCUCAUCUAUAAAAUGGAGCUAAUCCCACCUGACCUUGGAGGGCUUUGGGAAGAUAAUUCCUGAGCAUGUACUCAGGGGGAGGCCUGGCCCAUUGUAACCUUAUAAAGGUUAAGCUGCUGUUAAAAUUUUCAUUGUCUUACGUUUGACAUUGUGGAAAAAGAGAGCAUGGUCAUAACCUGGCUCUCCACAUACUUAACAUCCACAGUUGUCUCUCACGCCCUGGAUGGAUACAGAGAACUCUGAUCAUGAUCUUUCCUGGAACAGCCAGGAAAGUUUUACUUUCAGUCAGUUUUACUCCUUCUUUGAAGUUAACAGCCUCCCAAAUCAUGUAUUUCAGUCUCGCUGCUGGAACUCUUCUGUCUGCUGCCCCCUCCGGGUAUGGUCACUUGGUCACUUAACUGGAGGCUAGGAUAUGUUCUGCCACUCACUGAGCGUGUGACCUUCUUCGUCAAGGCACCAGCGCCCACAUCUCUAAGAUGAUAGUUGAGAUUAGAACAGCAGAUUUUCUCUCUUCUGGAUGCCCAUGGACUUCAGGCUAAGGUUCUCUGGAGUACAGGACCCUUUAAUAGUCUCAAGUUCCCACUGGAUUCUUGCCGUCCUCUUCUUAAUCAUUUAUUCGUUUGUUUACUUGAACAUUUCUGGAGUGCCCACUGGGCUCGUGGUAGAAACACAAAGACCAGGAGCAACCAGUCCUUGCCUUGGGGCGGAGGGGUGGGGGGCUUGACUAAAGUAGUGGGGAGCCAGACCCGGACUCCCAGUGCUGCAUAUUGUAGGAAAAUUCCACAGAGGGACUCAGAUCCCUCUCCUGCUGGAGUGCAAAUAGAUUUAUCUUCCAGUUAAGAUCUUUUUUUGGACCCAUUCUCCUGAGACUGGGAGCCUCACUGUUUCAUAAUAGCUUCCCUGCAGCGACCUCAACUCUUUAUGCCUUACUGAAUGGUUGGAGUUUAUAUCCGGUGGCAUGAUGACAUGCAAAGCGCCUUUGUUUCUCAGAGGCUCAACUCCACAAGCCCCAGGAUGCAAAUUUUGGGAACUGUCACCACUGGGCUUUUGGAGGUGAUCUGCUGUGCACGUGAUGAUUAUUAUUUUUUAGCCAUCUUUUGAGUCUAAAGCAUAGUCUUAUUUAUGGAGUCUCUGUUGACCCUUGCUUGUUCAAAUGACUUUUUUGUUUUUUAAGUUUAUUUAUCUUGAGAGAGACAGAGCGCAAGCAGGGGAGAGGCAGAGAGAGGGGGAGAAUCCCAAGCAGAUUCUGUGCUGUCAGCACAGAGCCCCACGUCGGGCUCAAACUCAUGAGACUGUGAGAUAACGGCCUGAGCCAAAAUCAAGAGUCGGACGCUUAACCGACUGAGGCACCCAGGCGGCCCUCAAACGGCUUUUUUUUUUUUUUUUUUUAAAUCUCUGAUUCCGUGAACCAAGCGUUUCUACUUCAUGCUCUUGUCUUCUUCUUUGAUAUAAACAAGUGGAGUAAAUCUGUAUUCCUGGGAGGCACAUUGGUAAGAGGAGCUAACCGCUGCCAUUCACCUCUUGAGCCGUCUUUGUAUGAGCCAUUACGUUUAUGGAAGCCGUGAUGGUACUCCUUUUUACAAAACUCUGGACCUAGAGCAGUACUCCGCUCUGUUAAAUGCUGACACUAUUGUGUGUGCAGCUGUACAAUUGGUUUUUCUUGUUUACUGCCGUCCUAACCUUCUUUCUCUGUGCACCUUCCCCCGAGUAUAUUUCCAAGCCUAAGUUAGGACCACUUUUGAGCUGAUCCCUCCUGCUAAACGGAAUUGGUACUUGUCACCAGUCACAAAAGACGUCUCUCACCACCACUGCCAGGAGAAGGGCUGGGAACUCCAGGCCCUCACCUCUCUCUCUCUGCUUCCUCGCUGCCUGCAGGGGCCAAGCCCCUGGCUGCGCAGAAAGCAUAUUUAUGAUAAUCUCCCAGCCAGCCUUCUCUUCACAUCCUCUUGCCCUAAUCAUUCACGUUGGAAGCUUCAGAGCUAUUUUUUCCUUUGUUCUUCCUCAUUCUCCACAUAGUUAGUUCUCUUUGCAGCCUCUCUGGUUUGUCCUCUGUCCUUUCCCAUGACUUACUGUCACUGUCCUAAUUCAUAACCAACCUUCCAUUCCUUGCUUGGCCUAUUGCAGUAGCCACCUGGCUGAUCGCUUUUUAUUCUUCUUCUUUUUUUAAAAGCUUUCUUGAGAUAUGAUACACAUCCCACGCAACUCAUUUAAAGUGUACAGUUCAGUGGAUUUUAGUAUAUUCACGAUAUGUGCAACAAGACGACGGGUAAUUUGAGGACAUUUUCAUCACCUCGGAAAGAAACCCCGUCCGUACAUUUUAGCAGGUAACCACCACCCCCCCAUCCCAACCCUCACAACCCGGCAACUACUAAUCUAUUUCCUGUCUCUGUAGAGUCCCCCGUUCUGGACUUUUCAUGAAUGGAAUCAUGAACUGGCUUCUUUCACUUAGUGUAAUGUUUUCAAGAUUCGUUUAAGUCAUAGCAUGUAUCAGCACUUCUUCCCCCUUUUAUGGCUGAAUAACCUCAUCUCUUCCUGGAACUCUUGAGGUGCAUUAAUGAUUCAUCUAUCAUACAGGUCAGAUUUCCAACCCCUAAAACUGAACUUGGCCCCUAGGAACCUACAAAAUACAGCGGACACUGGGGCAUGGCACUUCAGGCCUUCCCCAUUCUGGCUCCAUGGUGACUGUCCAGCCUCGUCGUCACUCCACACUUCCACGGGGCUCUACUGUCCCCACCAUCCCGACACUCCUUUCCUUAGCGAGGGGCGUGUCGCCCACGUACUGUGUCCUAUCACUGCAGUCUUGGGUUAUGUUACCCCUUUGCUUAUGGUUCUCCGGUCUUUGGCUGUAGAAAUCCCAUUUCUCUUUCAGACUUGUCUUCAUUCUCACCUUGAAGAAGUCCACCCCAGGUUUAUCUCAUCUCCAGUUAGGAAUUAAUUCAUCCUUUCCCAUUCUCUGUGCACUUCAGUUGGAUCCCCAUCAUUUCAGUCUUGGAUCAAAGCAUCAUUCUGUCUUUUAUAACAUAUUAAAUCUUUUCCGAAACGAGAGAGUCAUUCCAAAUUUUGUUUUAUCUUCUGGUGCUCUCUACAAGGCUUUACACAUAGUUGGUGCCCAGAACAGAUUUGCUGGAUAAUUGAUGGCCCUCUUGGAUUUGUAUAGUCCUUUCUGCUUUUCAGAGUUCUUUUACAUAUUUUCUCUCUUCCAAAAAUCAGAAGUAAAGAGCUUUUUUCCAGAAAAAGAUUAUCAGUAGUUUUAACUUGUUUGAAUAUUUAUGGUUUUUUUGCAUCACCCAUUGCCUCUGCGUAUUCUAAUGUUGGUGGAAACAUUAGAAAAUACAAAGUCAAAAAGAAGUCCAUCAUAAUACCACCCCUCAGUGAUAAUCACUGUUAAUGUUUUGGUUUUUAUCCUUUGAGCUAUUUCUUCUAUGUAUACUAUACAUAGAUAAACAUAGGGGAAACUUAUAACUCGUUCUAUACACUGUUCUGGAAUCCUUUAAUUAACAGCAUCUGAUCUCUCUAUAAUAAUAAAUAUUGAUUUACAUAAUUACGUUUAAGGGGCAGUAUUGCAAAUAUGCAAGUACUUGUCUAUUCUCCUCCUGUUUGACACUUAGGUUAUUUCUUAUUCCUCAAGAUUAAAAAUAAUAUCAUACUAACAUUCUUCAGGUAAAUACCUUAGAAGCCAGAUUUCUAGGUCAACAGCUUUUUUUUUUUUUUUUUUUUUUUUUUUCCGUUUUUAUUUUUAAGUAAUCUCUACACUCACUGUGGAGCUUAAGUCACAACCCUGAGAUCAAGACUCGCAUGCUCUACCCACUGCGCCAGCCGGGGCGCCCCUAGGUCAGCAGCUUUAAUACAGAGUGCCAAGUUGCCCUUCGGAAAGGUCGUUCCAAUUUACACACCCGCCAGCAAGUUAUGAGUGUUUGUUCCUUCCCUUUGUCCUUGCGUGCCUCGGCAUUACCAUUCUUUUUAGUCUUUGCCAAUCUGAUAAUCCACAAGUGAUAUCUUAGAGUUGCAUUCAUUUGCGUCUCUUUCUUUGAUCCUUGGUGACAUGCUUUUAAUUUCCUUAUUACCCAUGUAUAUUUCUCCUGUGAAAUACCUUUUUGUUCUCUGCCCACCUCCUUGUUGAGGUGUUUGUCUUUUUCAUCUCUCAGGACUCGACUGGAAUAAGGAUAUUCACCCUUAGGUCAUACAUGUAAUAAGUAUUUUCCCUGGGCGGUGUGUCUUAACUUCAGGCUGUUUUCGGCACAUAGAAGUGUAUUUGUUUGUGAUCCAGUUAAUUAAUCACUCUUGUCCUCUAUGGUUUCUGUGUUUGGCAUUAUUCACAGAAAGUUCCUCCCAAACCAGUACCGUAUACACAUUCACUUUUGCUUUCUUUGAGUCCUUCUGGGAUUUGGUUUUUUAAGUUUAAUGCAUCGGUUCAUUUUGACAUAUAAUUGCAUCUACUUUUAUAAAACCCGGGUGAUUAAAUUACACAGCACAGGCCUAGAGGGGACUGUGAUAGGUCCCGUCCAUUUUCCUGGCAUCAGAGCACCAGGUAGAUGAGCACUUCUUUUCCAGAGUACGACAGUCUACCAUUUCCCAGCAGGUGCCCGCAUUUACCAUAAUUCCUUCUGAAAUCACCUCUGUUGUUGUGUGCCAGUUACGUGUUAAUAAUAGUCUGGCCUGAGGAUUAAAUGAAUUUGCACAUGAGAUGAACGACAAUCUAUGGGAUACUGCUUGGCACGUGAAUAUUCCACGUGUGUUUUAUUGAACGCACGGAUGACCGAAUGAAUGAAGGAAGGAAUGGUGGUGUGAACAGUGGUAACAGGUCACUGACGAUAACGUGAGACAGCAGGAGCUGUUCCAUGGAAGCAGAGCCUUGGCCAAAGCAACAGUCUCAGGAGAGCACUGGCCAAUUACAUGUGGAAGAAGGAAAAGUUAUCAUGUGGGUUUUGAGCAGGUGGCAUUAUAAGGGUUAGGACCCGUAGGCUGACAUACACCAUGCAUUAGGUACAUAAGCAACAGUGAACCACACUGGAGAAUUCCAGGGGAUGCUGUAGAGAUAUGGGGGAGUUCAUCAGGGAAGUCGCCCUGGGGAAGGUGCAUUGAGAGCAGAGCUUUUGAAGGAAGGUUGGGGCCGCAUAGGAGGGAUUCGUGGAGUGAGGUCAUUUUAUGCAGAUAGAAUGAUGUAAGCAAACAGUAUUUUUUUUUUUUUUUAAUUUGAAGUAGUGAUUUUUUUUUUUUUUUUUGCUUUUUUUCCCCACCUCCUUUGCUUUUGAUCUGUUUCCUCAUUUCUCAGCUUUUUUUAUGCUCCCUGCUUUUAGUGCCAGUUAGAAAUUGUCAUGACAAACGUUGUUCGUACAGUUGAGGAAAGUUAUUCUUGAAGUGCUUGGGCUCUGGGGUAGAAAGACUCCAGGGAGUGGGAACGGAACACAAGGAACAGGAGGGUGGCCCUCUGAGAGGACGCACCGUAUCAGCCUUUUUCCAGCUCCACUCAAGACGGAGGUGAAGUUGGCCUUUUCUAAGGUUUACUCACCAUACAGUAGACAUUCCCCUGAAUGAGUGAAAAUAGGCAUAGCACUGAGAUGCAUAGCCAUUAAGGAAGAUGGACAGACGUGAAGGACCCCGGCCCGCCGCAGCCUGGGAAGCUGGGCGGGCGGUGGACGUUUUCGCGGUGAGGGAUGCCGAGGAGGACACCUCGAAGGGUGGGCCAUUUGGUCAGUACCCCGCUAACCUUGCCGAGGAAGGAGACCCUGCCUCUUCUGAGCUUCCAAUCUCAAGGAAUAGAAGUCCAGAAGAACAAGAAAAAGAGGGCUUUGAAGGGCAAAGAGAUGCUAAGCAAACUCUGGACCUAGAUGCUGAAGGAUCCCGCAUGAGUCAUUGCAGUUGGCUGGUGUUGGCCGGAAGCUUUUCUUGGAAAUCAAAUUAGUGGGUACAAUACAAUCCCAGCGUAGAAGAGCAAGAAAUAGGUUUCUGCCUCCAUAUCUUUUAUUCCUUAAGGAAUAAAUCCCGUAAGGAUUUCACCCUUUCUUCCAUGAAAGCCCUCCGUCAGCCUGCCUCCUCUUCUUGUAAAUAAAGUUUUAUUGGGACACAGCCACGUUCUUUCCUUUCCAUGUUGUCCAUGGCUGUUUUAACCCUACGGAAAGAAGAGUUCAGUGCUGAUGGCAGACUCUGUGGUCUGCAAAGCCCAAUAUAUUUGCUAUCUGGCCCUUUACAGAAAAAGUUUCCGACCCCUGCUUUAUAUUACGAAUAGAUGACUAAUUUUGAGCUGUUUUUCCAGGAGAAUCCUGGUUUGCACCAACCCAUGCCAUUUGCUAAAUGAGUGCCCCUUUUCCUCAUGGCACAUAUUUGCAAGAUGACUUCGAACCGGUGGUGUGGUCUAGGAUUCAGGCUUCUUGAGCACAUAGUCUGACCAUCUGAGCUGCCUGGGAGACCCACGUGGAGUGGCUAGUACCCUAAUAUAGCAGCCAUUAUUAGUUUCUGGUAUUUAUUUGCUGUUCAGUAAACGCCAAAUUACAGAGAAACUGGGGCUCAGGGAAGUUAGGGAAGCUGCCCGGAUUACAUAAAGUGGUAGCAGUUGAACCCUGUGGGAGGAGAGCCCUUGCCCCACCCCUCCCCUGCAUUGCCUGCCACCACCCCACACCUCGCCCUUUCCUCCCAACCUCCACCCUCUACCCCCAUCUCUUUGUGAUUUCUGGAUCUUUCAUUCAUCAGCUUUUGCUCUUCUGGACGAAAUACCAUGUUUCUCUUGGAGCAUCCAUUCCUCGGUCAGUUUUCUUUUUGACCCCAUCCCCCCUCCUGUAGUCAUCUUUCUGACCUUGGCCCCCAAGCUCCACUUUCUUGGGGCUGACUCUCCUGGGGGGGGGGGGAUGAUUUUGAGAGGCAAAUGAGGUCUUGGGUUCCCUGCACAUCAGCAGUUCCUGCCGGAUGGAUCGCUGAACCUCAUUUAGAGCGGCAGCUGUCCCCCCAGGUGCUCUGCCUUUUUCAGAAGACAGCAGGUGCCCAGAGAACCAGCUGGAGGGGGGAGCACGGCCCAGGGCCCCGGGGCACCAAAGUGGCAAAACGGCAGCCGCUGGGCAGGCUGAGCUGGCAUUUCUGACCUUUGCGGAGAGAGGGCGUCCUUAAAGGGACAGCGAGCUCUUUUCUUUCCUGGUGGCCGGCUGCCAGUUCAGAUGCCAGGGAUUUGAAGAGGCCAUUGUUCUGGCAGUGGAAGAUGGGGGCCCAGACCGCCCAGUCUUUUUUUCUUUUCCCGUUACCAACCGCGUGUCCCCCUCUGAUGUGCAGCCUGUCAAGUGUGGAGGGACGGUGAGCUGUCUUCAGUCACCCACCCUCCCCUCCUCCUCCGCAGUCAGAAGGCAGCCUCAGUCACCAAGGCUAAAGAACAGACUAGCCCUCACACAGCCUCCGGCUCCCCCUCCCCCAGGGCAGCCGCUCUAGUGGAGAAUGAAUGGUCUCUGCAGGCUGCAGUGAGGUGCCCCAUGAGUUGUUUACUUGUCCAGGUGAAGCAACAGGACUGGUUUUCUACAAAGUGCCUUUUGUGAACCGCCAUCGCUGGAACCACCUUAGGUGCUUGUUAAAACUGUACGUUCUAGGUUCCAGUUCUAGAACCUCCGGGGCCCCAGAAUCUGAAUAGCAACAAGCACACCAUAGCUUGAGAACCACUAACUCAGUACUUUGGACACCUGGCUGGCCAUCUGAAUCAUGUGGGGACAUGUGGAAUCAGACUGUCUGGGUGGGGCUCAUGAAUUUGAGCAAGGGAGCCUCUCUUUAGUGGUUAAGAGCAGAUACCCUGGAGCUGGUGCACUGGGUUUGAAUCCUGGCCCCACCAGCUACUAUCUCUAUGAUCUUGGCACUGCCAGUAACUCAAACCGCAGCACGCCGGCCUGCUCCCCCAUCCUCCGGAAACGGUCUCGCUCGCCAACCCCGCAGAGCCCGGACGGAGACACCAUGGUGGAGAAGGGCUCAGACCACUCCUCGGACAAGUCCCCGUCCACGCCGGAGCAGGGCGUCCAGCGCAGCUGCUCCUCGCAGUCCGGCCGGAGUGGCGGCAAAAAUUCCAAGAAAAGCCAGAGUUGGUAUAACGUAUUAAGCCCAACUUACAAGCAGAGAAAUGAAGACUUCAGAAAGCUCUUUAAGCAACUUCCAGACACGGAGCGCCUCAUUGUUGAUUACUCAUGUGCACUCCAAAGAGACAUUCUUCUUCAGGGCCGACUCUACCUCUCUGAAAAUUGGAUCUGCUUCUACAGCAACAUCUUCCGCUGGGAAACUCUGCUGACUGUCCGUUUGAAAGACAUCUGCUCCAUGACUAAAGAAAAAACAGCCCGUCUCAUUCCCAAUGCCAUCCAAGUUUGCACUGACUCAGAAAAGCACUUUUUCACUUCAUUCGGAGCCCGGGAUAGGACGUACAUGAUGAUGUUCCGGCUCUGGCAGAAUGCACUCCUCGAAAAGCCCCUCUGUCCCAAGGAGCUCUGGCACUUUGUUCACCAGUGCUAUGGGAAUGAAUUGGGCCUUACCAGUGAUGACGAGGACUACGUGCCCCCCGAUGACGACUUCAACACUAUGGGCUAUUGUGAGGAGAUCCCCGUGGAAGAGAAUGAAGUGAAUGACAGCUCAUCGAAAAGCAGCAUUGAGACCAAGCCAGAUGCCAGUCCUCAGCUACCCAAGAAAUCCAUCACCAACAGCACGCUGACAUCCACAGGGAGCAGCGAAGCCCCCGUGUCGUUUGAUGGCUUGCCCCUGGAGGAGGAGGUGCUGGAUGGCGAUGGGUCCCUGGAGAAGGAGCUUGCCAUUGACAACAUCAUCGGGGAGAAGAUGGAGAUCAUCGCACCCGUGACCUCCCCUUCGCUGGACUUCAAUGACAACGAGGACAUCCCCACAGAGCUCAGUGACUCUUCCGACACCCAUGAUGAAGGGGAGGUCCAGGCCUUCUACGAGGACCUGAGUGGCCGGCAGUACGUGAAUGAAGUCUUCAACUUCAGUGUGGACAAGCUCUAUGACCUGCUGUUCACCGACUCGCCCUUCCAGCGGGACUUCAUGGAGCAACGGCGGUUCUCCGAUAUCAUCUUCCAUCCAUGGAAGAAGGAAGAGAAUGGCAACCAGAGCCGAGUGAUUCUCUAUACCAUCACCCUCACCAACCCUCUGGCUCCUAAAACUGCCACUGUCAGGGAGACACAGACCAUGUACAAGGCGAGCCAGGAGAGUGAAUGUUACGUGAUAGACGCCGAGGUCCUCACGCACGACGUGCCCUACCACGACUACUUCUACACCAUCAAUCGCUACACCCUCACCCGCGUGGCUCGGAACAAGAGUCGACUCAGGGUCUCCACAGAGCUGCGCUAUCGAAAACAGCCCUGGGGGUUAGUGAAGACCUUCAUCGAGAAGAACUUCUGGAGUGGGCUGGAGGACUACUUCCGCCACCUGGAGAGCGAGCUGACCAAAACGGAGAGCACCUACCUGGCUGAGAUGCACAGACAGUCUCCCAAAGAGAAGGCCAGCAAGCCCCCAACGGUACGGAGGAGGAAGCGCCCCCAUGCUCACCUGCGGGUGCCUCACCUGGAAGAGGUGAUGAGCCCCGUCACCACACCCACUGAUGAAGAUGUGGGCCACAGGAUCAAACACGUGGCAGGUUCCACGCAGACACGGCAUGUCCCCGAGGACACCCCUAACGGCUUCCACCUGCAGAGUGUGUCCAAGCUGCUGCUGGUUAUCAGCUGUGUUCUGGUGCUGCUGGUCAUCCUUAACAUGAUGCUCUUCUAUAAACUCUGGAUGUUGGAAUACACCACCCAGACCCUCACUGCCUGGCAGGGUCUGAGGCUCCAAGAAAGGUUACCCCAGUCUCAGACAGAAUGGGCCCAGCUCUUGGAGUCCCAACAAAAGUACCACGAUACUGAGCUCCAAAAAUGGAGGGAGAUCAUCAAAUCCUCAGUGAUGCUUCUUGACCAGAUGAAGGACUCUCUCAUCAAUCUUCAGAACGGCAUCAGGUCCCGCGACUACACAUCAGGAAGUGAAGAGAAGAGGAACCGCUAUCACUGACCAGGCAGGAGCAGGGGUGGCUGCAAGAGGCCUGUGCAAUACGUGUACAUAGACCAUAUAAAUAUAUAUAUAUAAAUAUAUAUAUAUACAGAAUAUAAAUAUAUAUAUAUUAUAUACAGAUUUUAAAAAGAGAUAAUGCCUAUGUACCAGGGAGAAGGAGCCGGACGGCCUCCUGUGCUGGCCGGGCCGAGGGGCCGAGGAGGGCAGGGACCACCUCUCAGCACCGACCUCCCCUGAUCCUCCUCCUCCCCAUCCCUUCCCCCACCCCCAACCCUUUCCCUCACUGGCCGUCCUUGGCUCUGAGAAGGGAAAUGUUGUUGAGCCAAAGUUAUGCCUGUGAAGACCCUGGGGUCUCGAAGUCUCAAGGGGGCAUUGCUUAAGGUGCUUCAUUCCCCAAUCCUCUUUUGAUUUGUCUCCAAAAUAAAAGAGAAUCUCCCGCCCCCCCCCCCAGGUGCUCUCUUGUCAACAGGAAGCAUCCAGGGCCGGAGCCCAAUCAAAAGUCUGCCACCUGUGGCCACGCCCCCAACCCAGUUGGGGGGUUGGAGGGCUGGGAAGGCUGUGCCUGCGUGAUUGGGCUUUGUAGCUGAAGGCUCCCCUGGGGACUUGUGUACCUAACGGUGUUCUCCUCCAUCACCCCUGCACCUUCCCCUAACCCGUGUAGGGUGUGGACCCAAUAAGGGCUGGGAAUUUCUGACCUUCCCACCCCCCUUCUCUCUGGUCUUCUCCCAGGCUGGAUCUGGGUGAAGUGUCACUUUUUAGUGCCUAAAGCCCUAUUUUUUCUCUGUGCCCUAAGAGCACACAUUGUUUAUUAGCCAGGAUGGAGCAUUUUUGAUCUUGUUAAACCCCUUUUUAAGUGGUUAUAAGCAAGGCGGGCCUGUGGCUCUAAUUCCCUCAUUUUGAGCUGUCCAUUUGAUUUCUGGGACGAUCCAGGGUGCCCUAGGGACGUCCGGGGUUUGGGAGAGCGAGUGCCCUCACAUUGUACAUAUCGUGGGUUCACACGGAACGCUGUGUAAGUAGUGAGCAACUUGGUGAGUGCUCACUUGGCUGCCAGCAUCGUUUAUUCUAAGAGAAGAGCCAACUUUAGUCAAGGGAGACACUGGAGACCUUCUGCACAAGGAAGGAGACCUAGGCUUUUGGAAGGAAUACAUUUGGGAAACAUGCGUGCAUUUGUGAAGGAAAAGGCCUGAUUGAGUCUCUGCCCUUUGGAGGCCAUUCCAAAUCCUGUUUCUAAGACUUAGGAGAAUUCUGGUAAAGGGGGCAAAGCCUUCUCUGGUCUCUGGCCCCAGGGAGGUAGGAGAGCACUAAGGAGGAAAAAGUGAGUCAUCCAGAUCCAUUUUGGAGUUGGUUCACUAGGAUUCGUGCACUUAUCUGACCUCUAUCUGAUCUCGUCGGGCCCUUGUAGCCACGAUUACCAUUUUUUAUUCACUAACUGCUAUUCUAACAUAUAAUGACCAGAGGGAUCCUGCCAGCCCCAGGCAGAGCUCACAGUGCUCAGUCAGGAAAGGAUCGUACCAGUUUGGCAAGGAAAGUUCUUUUAGAUUGCUCGUUAUUCUAGUGGGCCUCUUGAUGCGAGGGACAGAAGAAACGCAGGGCUUCUCACUGAUGUGGCCCAGAAGAAGGGCAAGUUGUGUUCUUCUCUUGGAACGGCCGGAACAUCCCACUUUUAUAAUCAAAGACAAGUUUUUGACUUUUUAGUCUGAGAAUAUGGCCUUAUUGCCCUAAGAGCAGGAAUACAUGCCCCAGGGGAGUAGGCUGAGAAGGCUCCACAGAAUCAGCUAGAAUUGAUAUCCCUCCUCUAGAAAAGGAGAUGUGAGGGAUGGAGUUGAACAUAAUCCUUGGGAAGGGUGCAUAGGCCCACGGGUCAGUGGGUCACCACUCAUUCUUGUCCGGGGCUCUGAAUGGGAGACCCCCUGGUGAGGGUCAGGGCUCGUGGGCCCUGGGCCAAAGGAGGAAUAGUGCAGACUGCUAGAAAUUUUCCUGGUGCAGUGGCCAGAAGCCAAAAUUAGUGUCAGAAACUUUUGAAAGCAAAAAUGAUAAAUUCUCUAACUUAAUCCAUGUACAAUUAUUUAUCUAAAUCCAUUCAAUUGUUGAAGGUCCCAUGGUGGGACCUUUGGGGUGACUUACAAAGGGUUCUCUGCCGGCAGUAAAGCAAUACAAGUGGGCCUGGCUACGCAGAGUUGCUCAGCUUUUGCUUUACCUCUUCGGCCAUUCCAGGGAGGAGUAGGUAACAGGGAGGGACGCAUUUAGUAUGUCCAAGGAAUCAUCAUGAUUGCUGGGGGUGUGAGCCCGGGAGACAGGGUCUACACACAGGGAACGUCCCUCCACCUGCCUCUUUCCUAGGAAUCAUGAUCUCUCUGGUGGGCCCUCUCUGAUAUAAUAACGUUUUAAACCUUCAAACCAGGAGAAAGCUCAGCACCUCUGUUGACUCCCAAACAAAAGCUCCCCCCCCCCUUAUUCAAUAGCCUGUCGAAGAAAAGGGAUUCAUCUUGCCCUUGCAGAUAAGUCUGGGAGUGAAACUGAUACAUAACAUUGCAACUCAAAUCCAGCAGCUUUGCUUGUAGCUGUCUACCUGGGAGCAUCCAAACUACCACCCUUUCUGUUACUUCUUCCAGCCAGUGCUUUGUUUUUGUUCAUAUAAGAACUCUGGUCACAUAGGAGUCUUUAUGUGAGGAUUCCUGUUGUAACAAUUGAGAGCUUGCGCUCAAAGAUUUUGCAAAGUUUCUAACCAGGUGGCAAACAACUACUGGGUCUAUACUUCCAACUGCAGUGUACUUGAAGGGAUUAAGAUUGGCCUUGGAGAAUCCACUCGUGUCUACAACUCGUCCGUCCCCUGUCCACCUCCCUGGCACAGGGGCAACAAGACCGGCAACCUGAAGCUGUCUGUAAGGGCACUGGGCUGAGUCAGGAGACCUGGGCCCGAGGCCUGGCUCUGCUCUUAGACAAGUCCCUUCCCCUUUCUGAACAUCAGUAUCCUCGUUUGUAACAGGAAGGGGGGUAGGCUAGACUGUCUCGAAGAUAGGUUCUAGCUGAGCAUUGUCUUGGAGGCUGGGUCAGAGACUGGCAAGGCAGGGCUUUCUCAAACGUGGAAGGUGCUCUGCCAGAAGAGAACAAGCGUCUGGGCUAGAGCUUCCCUGGUGUUUAGAGGGGUAGUAGGACAGCAUCAGGGUUCCCAAGAAAUCCAGGGUAGUUAACUUUCUUCUUUAUGGGCUGGCAGGACUAGGGAGGCCUAGUGAGGUAGGGAAGGGGAGAUAAAGUUUGUCGUACUUCCCAGUAUUAACCUAGGAGGGUGGUUCUUCCUUUGUUGGCUUAGUCUUUGUUUGGGAAGGGACUUUCUCUAAGUUGGGAGGAGGAUAAUGGCAAGAAUGGCACCAUCUUGGAUUGAGCUCAUCUUUCGUCUCUAGGCUAUAAAGCCUUUCAUCUGUCCAUCCUUCCUCCUCCUUGCUAGAAGAAACACUGGAGAGAAGCCAUUCCUGGCCCUAGCACUUCUCUUUUGGCUCAAUCCAAACCUUGUUGGGUUUUAGAUUAAUUGUGAACCUUUGGCUAAAAUCCUUGGGUUGCUUUAGAGCACUGACCCUAAGAAUCUGGGAUUUUAGGAAGGGGGAGGGGGAUCAAGAAACCUCAAAGAGGAAUGCUUUGCUAGAAAUGGCUUCCCUCUGUGUCCCUCUCCCUGAUCCAUGCUCGAACCAUGUCUAAAUCAUUUGUGGACAGCAUUUCUAGGGUGAAAUCUUGCAGAAAGGACUAGGGGAAGACUCUUUCUAGACUAUUUGUGGUCCCAGAAGGAUGCUUUCUGUGCCAUACUGUGCUGUUGCUUUAGCUCUGCAGGGCAGCCAAAGCCAGCCCUUCCUCUCUAGGACCCCCAGGUGGCAGGGCUGUGGUCUCCCUCCCCACACCCCCGGACCCCACCUCCCUACUCCAGUCGGAAACUUGAGAACCUGGCUUCCUAACUCUCUCCUCCCCCACCCUUUGUCUCUAGGCUGUGGGACAAUCAUCCCAUCCACCACUUGACAUCCUUGACCCUCGUCCCCUAGCCUCCAGCAGGCUAUCCCCACUCCCUCCACCUCUAUGUUUUCUUCCAGAAGAUGCGUUUUGGGUCCGAGUGGAGCGAUUUUCUGGAAGGCCGUCUUUUUAACGCCCCUGCUUCCCUGAUGUGGAGCAGGGAUUUGCACAAGGUGUAGAGAGCUCCCUCCCCACCUCUCUGCCCAGCCUUGUUACCUCACUCCUGCUCCAGCCAUGGCUGCAAUGGGCCCAGCCAGCUCCCUGUCUUGGUGUUCUGUACGACAGCUCAGGGGUCUUGGGCAUUGUUUUCUGUUGUGACUUGAGGUCCUCAGCAGGCCUGGGAGCCUGGAUUGGAGCCUUGGCUGCUGGCGAGAAGCACCUUGCCUGCCAAGAGGAGCUGAUGCCAGACGAUCUACCCGACAUGUGAAAGCAUAAAGAAUAUUGUCAUCUCUGCCCCUUGGCCCCCUUGCUUCUCUCGACACAGUGAGACGCUGCAGAAGCAAAAUGGCGGCCUCUGCUCCAGGCAAGACAGCUGGCUGUCUGGGG